CUUUCCGCCUCCCCUCAAGUUUCUCCUUCUGUCUGAUUAAAUGAGAAGGAAGUGUGGGAGUGGUGGUUUUGAAGCUCUCCCUUUAAGAGGCAGCCUGCAGUGACGAAUUGUUGAAAUUGCCAUUGCAGGAUGGCAUUCCGCUAUAAAUUCAUUGUUCCACCUCCUCUCAUCUUCACAUUUCUCUCCCUUCUCCUCUUGUUCACAUCGGCAGACUGGGGAUAACAACAACAACAACAGGAAAGAUACAGGGAGGGGGCUUUUACAGAAAUCCAGGACGUUUUCCGCUUCUUGGGCUUCUUUUCUUUUUUUUCUUUUUUUUUUUUUUUUCAUUUUUAACCAUCUCACCGGAGACGAUCGAGGCGGUUUUGGGUGCCUGAAUUUCUUCUCUCCCCUUCUCCUCCUUCUCUUCAAAACUAAAGAGGGCAAAAGAAGGAAAGGAGCCCACCGGAGCCCGAGAAAGUGCCGAGUCGCAGCAGACCUGCCCCUGCUGCUGCUGGUGAUGAUCCGGUGACUACAGCAGAGAAGUGGAAGAGGAGUGGGAAGUGCUCAAACUUCUCGACUUGCCGGCUCCGAGCCGUCUCUCCUCCUUUUCCUCUCUCCUCACUCUGCCUCCCCGGCAGCAGUGAUUUGGGAUUUUUUUUUUUUUUUUUUUUUUUUUUUUACCGCUUUCUCUCUCUCUCUCCCCCCUUCCAUGUGCGCCCGGCUCUUCCCUGCAGAGAAACACAAAAGUUCACACGCGAACUGCUUUUGUUGACAUUUUUUUUCUCUCCCACUCACACUUGACUUCGGGAGGGAGAACUUUUUUUCCUUAUUUUUAUUUUUUUGUUUGUUGUUGUCGUUCCUUUUUUUUUUUUUUCUUUUUUUUUUCUCCCUUCCCCGCACCUCUCCUUUUCCUCCCAUCCCUCAACUACGCUGCCCCGCUCCGCCGGCCGGCUCCCGUUAUUACCAUCAUUAUCACCACCACAAUUGCCAUUGCCGCCGCCCCGCUGCCCCGCGCCGAGGCGAGGAUGCUGCCGGCGCUGCUGUGGCUGCUGCUGGCCGCCCGUGCCGGCCGCGCCGCGCCGCCGCCGCCCGCACCUGCCGAGCCCGGCGCGCCGCCCGCCCGGCCCCCCGCCCCCGGGCCGCCCCGCGGGGCCGUGCGGCGCCUCGACCCGACCUACGCGGGGGGCGGCAGGGCGGGCUACGUGCUCUACGCCGGGGGACAGCGCUUCCUGCUCGACCUGGAGCGCGACGGGCCGCGCUGCCACUACCGCGGCACGGUGGACGGCAGCCCGCGCUCGCUCGCCGUCUUCAACCUCUGCGGCGGCCUCGACGGCUUCUUCGCCGUGGGCCGCUCCCGCUACACCGUGCGCCCGGCGCGCCGCGGGCCGCGCGGGGAGGCCGCGGCGCGGAUCUACGGCGAGGGCCCGGCCCGCGCCCCUCACGUCUUCCGCAGGGAGAGCUUCAGCUUCGAGACGGUGCCGGCCCGCACCAGCUGCGAGACCCGGGACCCCGCCAGGCCGGCGGGCGGGGACGGGCGGCGGCGGCGGCGGCGGCGCUCCGUGUCCCGGGCCCGGCAGGUGGAGCUGCUGCUGGUGGCCGACGCCUCCAUGGUGCGCAAGUACGGGAAGGGGCUGCAGCACUACCUGCUCACCCUGGCCUCCAUCGCCUCCCGGCUCUACGCGCACGCCAGCCUGGAGAACCACGUGCGGCUGGCCGUGGUGAAGGUGGUGGCGCUGGGCGACAAGGAGAAGGGGCUGGAGGUCAACAGGAACGCAGCCACCACGCUCAAGAACUUCUGCAAGUGGCAGCACCAGCACAACCGCCUCGACGAUGACCACGAGGAGCACUACGAUGCCGCCAUCCUGUUCACCCGCGAGGAUUUAUGUGGGCAUCAUUCCUGUGAUACCCUGGGAAUGGCAGACGUUGGGACCAUCUGCUCCCCCGAGCGCAGCUGCGCGGUGAUUGAAGACGACGGCCUCCACGCAGCUUUUACGGUGGCUCACGAAAUUGGGCAUUUGCUUGGGCUUUCCCAUGAUGACUCCAAGUUCUGUGAGGAGAACUUUGGCUCCAUGGAAGACAAGCGCCUGAUGUCCUCCAUUCUGACCAGCAUUGAUGCUUCCAAACCCUGGUCCAAGUGCACUUCAGCAACUAUCACAGAAUUCUUUGAUGAUGGCCAUGGGAACUGCCUGCUGGACCAGCCCAGGAAGCAGAUCGUGGGCCCCGAGGAGCUGCCGGGGCAGACGUACGACGCCAUCCGGCAGUGCAAGCUGGCGUUCGGCGCCGAGUACACCGUGUGCCCCGGCAUGGACGUGUGCUCGCGCCUCUGGUGCGCCGUGGUGCGCCAGGGACAGAUGGUCUGCCUCACCAAGAAGCUGCCCGCCGUCGAGGGAACCCCCUGUGGGAAAGGAAGGAUCUGCCUCCAAGGGAAAUGUGUGGACAAAACCAAGAAGAAAUACUACUCUGCUUCGAGCCAUGGCAACUGGGGGUCUUGGGGACCCUGGGGACAGUGCUCCCGUACCUGUGGGGGGGGAGUUCAGUUUGCCUAUCGCCACUGCAACAACCCAGCCCCCAGGAACAACGGGAGGUACUGCACAGGCAAGCGGGCCAUCUACCGCUCCUGCAACGUCACCCCCUGCCCCGCCAGCGCUAAAUCCUUCAGACAAGAGCAGUGUGAAGCAAGGAAUGGCUAUCAGUCUGAUGCAAAAGGGGUCAAGACUUUUGUGGAAUGGGUCCCCAAGUACGCUGGAGUACUGCCUGGAGACGUCUGCAAGCUCACCUGCCGAGCCAAAGGAACCGGUUAUUAUGUGGUAUUUUCUCAGAAGGUCACUGAUGGCACAGAGUGUCGACCCUACAGCAACUCAGUCUGUGUGCGAGGGAAGUGCAUCCGAACGGGCUGCGAUGGCAUCAUCGGAUCCAAGCUCCAGUAUGACAAGUGUGGGGUGUGUGGAGGAGACAACUCCAGCUGCACAAAAGUCAUGGGAACCUUCACCAAAAAGAGCAAGGGCUACACGGAUGUGGUGAAGAUCCCAGAAGGGGCGACCCACAUCAAAGUGCGGCAGUUCAAGAGCAAGGACCAGAGCAGGUUCACAGCCUACCUGGCCCUGAAGAAGAAGAACGGGGAAUACCUGGUCAACGGGAAGUACAUGAUCUCCACCUCGGAAACCAUCAUCGACAUCAACGGCACCGUCAUGAACUACAGCGGCUGGAGCCACAAGGAUGACUUCCUGCACGCCAUGGGCCACUCAGCCACCAAGGAGAUCCUGAUUGUGCAGAUCCUGGCCACCGACCCCACGCAGCCCGUGGACGUACGCUACAGCUUCUUCGUGCCAAAGAAACAGGGCCAGCUGGCAAACUCUGUCCCCAGCAGCGGCGGCGGCGGCAAAGUGACAGCGCAGGCCGCGCAGCCCCGCUGGGUGACGGGGCCGUGGCUCUCCUGCUCUCGAACGUGCGACACGGGCUGGCACACCAGGACUGUGCAGUGCAAGGAUGGGCACGGCAAACUGGCCAAGGGAUGUCUGCUCUCCCAGAGACCCUCAGCGUUCAAACAGUGCUUGCUGAAAAAGUGCUAACCUGUGGUGGCGAGCUGCUUUCAAAGAGGUUUGAGUAAGCCGUUGUUGGCGUGCUGGUGUCAGGUCUGCCCACACAGACGGAAGCAAAGGCUUCAAAGUACUUGCGUUCAGUCUCUAAUUAUGGGCAGAAUCUGCCUGUUUGGACCAAAUGAAGAUGUGCACUGCUUUAAAUAAGAGUAGGGUGGUCUUAAUACGUCAAAGAAAGUAAGCGUUAAAGUUGUUAUAAGCCCUCUGUCUGCAAAAACGUAGAAUAAAAUAAUGCAAAAGAAGAAAAACUAGUGAAUGGAGGAUCCUGGGAUAUUUGAAGGUUACAGAAUCAUCUCCCCUUUUUCACCUACCUCUACUACAGUAUGUCCUUAGGAAAUGUCAUGUGUCCCCAUGAUCCCACAGUAGCUUAUUUUAUACUGUUUUGUAAAUAUCUUUCAGUUGGUAUAUCACUUUAUAUCACUUCCUUCUAUUAAAGAAAUCAAAAGACAAAUUACAUAAGCAAAAUGAUUGACCAAAGUAUAUCUGCAGCCCUUGUGGACUUGGUCCAUCCUUCAGAAAGGGCCACAGAUGUUUUACUGGAAAAUGAAGAGCUUGCUGCUGGUUUUUAAAAAUGAUACCUUUUGGUUGUGACAAAAGGAAAUACGUCUUCACGGUAGGAAUUUCCUGACAGUAUAUAAUUAAUGUCUGACAAAUCCUGUGUUUCCACCCCAAAAUUCUCAGGAGGAGCCUUGAGCCUUGCAGCAGCUUGCAGAGCAGGGAACCCCCCAUUGCUCCAGCAGCAGGAGGAGUUUGUGUACACUGUGCUUGGGAACCUCCCUGGUUCCAGCUGUGUCACAGCCUGGGCUCCUUGCUGUCACUGAGCACGAGCUGCUCGAGCUGCUCCUCUCCAUGAAACAAAGGCAUACUGUGCUUUGUAGAAAACUAGUUAGAGAACCAAAACUUACAGGUGAGGUAAUCAAGUGUCUUCUGACUCAGAUGUUCUGAGGCUGUGUUCAGCUACUUUCUCUGGUAUUUUCUCUAUGGCUUCUACCUUGAAUUUAACAAUGUGUAAUGUACCUACAUCUUUUCAAGAGGCUCUCAAGGUCAAAAAACACAGCAAGCAGUUAAUAUUUUAUCACUGUUUUGUCCAUCGUGUCUAACUCUGGUAUUCAUCUUACCAGCAAAAGUUUGUGGCUAUUUGUCUUUUUUUUAAUUGUUUUUGUUUGUGUUUUGGGGUUUUUUAAAAGCUAUAGAAGGCAUUCAUGUUUUGUAUAUCUACCACAUUUGGGAGGAAUAAGGGUCAUUAGGAAGUCAAACCACAUCAGGAUGUGGAGGACUUGUCCAAUAUCAAUAAGACUGUUUCCACAGCACAGGCAGUAGCUGGUAACAGUUUCCCUUGGCAGCAAUUCCUGAAUCCUGUUAUUGUCUUGUGGAAGUUCUGUGACUGAGGCUGGGCAUUUCACCUUGUGCAGGUGGAGGCCUGAGAGCAGCCCUGGUAAAAUUGCUCUCUUUAAUAUCAGCAGGUUUUGAAUUAGACCCUAAGGUAACAGGUACCAAAAUAAGUGGUAAAAAAAAAACACUGAUGAAAGUAGAACCCCAUCUUUUACUCCUUUGUUCAUCCACACAGGAGAGCAGGAGACUGCAGGAGGAUUUUCAGACAAGCCUCAGCUGUAAGUCAGUGGUACUUCAGCAGUGAAACACCUCAGGCUCUUCUGAAAAUCCCAGGCAUGAAAUCAGCAGGGAAAACUCACUGGAGUGUGGAGCAAGAAGGGCAGGUCUGACUCCAGGCUGACACAAACAUGUUUUUGCAACUGUGGCAUGUUUGUGUGAACUCUUAAUAAUCAUGUGAUUAUUUCAAAACAGCAUAGAGUUGCUACAUCUACAACUGUGAAAUCUGGAGAUGGAUCUGUUUUUUUACCCUGUUUUAAAUAAACAGUACCAAGGGCAGGGCCUCCUCCUCUGUUAUAUGGAUUGCCAACAAAUGUUAUUAAUCAGCUUUCAGAAAUGGUGUGGCCUUCUGUUCAGGAGUAGAUCCUGUGUAAAACUGUGGAUCUUUAGAAAUACUCCCCAUUUGUUCUUGGUCUCAAUCUGAGAACUGAGAUCAAGGCUCAGAUGAUUUGCAGAGUGCUGGAAAGUAAACAUUUAUGCCUCCUCGGCCUGUUAAAAUAAGAUCACUUUGCAAUGCCUUAUUUUUCCUUCCAAGUAACCUAAUCUUGAUGCUUAUAUAUGUAUUACACAUGUCCUAGAACCUCUCCAAAAAGUCCAUAACAAAUAGAAACCAUCAUGAGAGGAAAAAAAAUCAGGAGAUUGAAUGUGUCUCAGCAUAGACAACAUUUGUCUCAGCAUGCAGCUGCUGCAUUAAGUGGUGUUUGUGUUCUGUCACAAUAGAGACAGAAUGUGCAAGUAUUUGUGUUUGCAUCAUGGUAAUAAUUUAUUAUAUAUUCAGCAGGCUGAGUAAAGCUUUUGGAUGCUAUCUAGGCAUGCCAUAUGCGGGUAUAAAUACAGAGCUUCCUUAGACCAGGAGUAUCUUUUAAAAAUUAAAAGAGUUUACUUAGAAAUGAAUACAAGAACAAACCACUGCAGUGAUUUUCACCAGUGCAGCAAUGAAGCAAAUUCACACAAGCAAAGAUAUGAGGGGGCAAAGGAGACAGACCAAGGCAGAACCUGAAAAAUGUAAGAUAAAGGUUAAGCCAACACCUGCUUAUUCAGGUGUUCCUAAAUCAGAGUCCAGUUCCAAACCAUGGCUGUCCCAUGUACCUGAUGAAUGAAGAAUUGGUGCAAGGUCUGUUCUCAGCCGAAUCCCGUGUCACUCACACUGUGACAUCAUUGUUUACAUUUCUGCCCAAUGUUGCACAUCUGGAUUCAGGAAAUGCACCGAGGGGAUGGAAACCUGGAAUUCUGCUCUCGGCACAGCCAGGAACCAUCUCAGUGUUAAAUUCACUCUGACCUUGGGACAGGCUUCCAAUGUCCAUGGGUAAAUUUGGACCCCUGAGCAUCAGUGGAGUUUAUAGCAUCUGCUUUUCAAGUAGGAUAUUCUCAUUAGGAAAAAAACUGGCAUCUUUGGUUUGACUGUGUACAAGAAAUUAAGUUUAGCUGCCCUCCUGUGGAAACAGUUUUAUCACAAGGGGAAGAGGGAAUAAUCUUGUGGAUUAAUAACAACUGUUAAAAAAAAAAAAAGCAACAUAGCACUGAAAAAAAUAAAAUAAUUUAUUGUUUUUACAACUGGUAUGUGAACGGAUGUAAUGAAUUUAUUUAUUCUUAUUUAACAAAAUGCCAAUUGUGCAAAUUCUAUAUUUAAAAUGUUUUGCCAUCGCCUCUGUCUCUCUUUCUGGCUCUCUUUUAAUUUAUGCUUCGGGUUUGUGUUGAAAGUACGCCUUGUGAGUUUACAUAAUAUAUGGCACUGGUCAUUUUUUGUAUGAUUUUAUUUAGACUUUCUGCAUGGAACAGGAGUAUAUGUGUAUACACACAUGUGUAGAUGUAUUCUUUUUCUGCUGCCACCUUUUCCUUUGAGAAGUUGUAGCUUUUUAAUUUGACAACACUUUGUGCUCCAAGCUCCUUGCUACAUUUCAAAAAGCUCUGAACAAGCAAGUCCCAAAGGUCUGCAGACCAAAAAAAGUCCUGUAGUGGCUCCUGAAGAAAUCAGAAAACAGAUUGGUGUCUCAAAGGCAUGUGCAAUUCAUGCUGGAGGCCUCAGUGAUUGACCCCCCAAAGCUGAUCCUACCCCUUGCUUUAAUUGUAGCAGAAUUUAAGUAACUGGGAGUCCAUGGGAGUGAAGUUCCUCUGUGUUGCCAGCACUCUUCUCUCAUGCAGCUUCUUAUGUUUAAGUGACAACACUACAGAGAAAACUCCUGGGUGUCUCUAUAAAAUAGCUUGAUAAACAAAUGAUUUGGUUUAUGAGGACUGAACCAUUAAAAAACACAUUUUUUUCUAUGUUAUCACUGGUUAUAUACAUAUAUAAAUAUGCAUAUAUGCCUAUAAAAAGUCAAAAGCCAACUUGGAAGGCUUUCCAGUGUUUUACUUAAUUGUAUUUCAGCUCUUUGCACCACAUCAGGCAAAGAUAGAUUAAAAAAAAACAAAACAAAAAUCAGCAAAACAUGUUUCCAUGAGACUAAUACCUGUUUUUCUUCCAGUCCAACUAGUUCAGAUCUCAAGGGAAUAGAAUUGGGUGCACUGUGAGGGGAAAAAUGUGAUGUGGACAAACCUCCAGCUUUUCUGCAGUCAGUUCAUUGACCAACACAAGUGGCUCUGCAAGGGCAGUAGCACAGCCUGCACAUGAACAGUUCCACUCUGCUGGAAGUCACCUUGCUCCCCAGUGCCCACCUGAGUUCAAUUCCAGCUCAGCCUCUCUUCUGUCACCCAGGCACUGCCCAAAGCCAGUCAGCCACGAGGCUUUAGAGGGAUUGGGGAUGGCCACUGGGUGAUGCUUCCUCUCUCAAGGCCCAAUCCAAAAUGCCAAGGAUUACAAGCCUGGCCUUUGAUGAUUUUAAGGGCAGGCUUUGAACAGGGUUUUACCAUUAAUUGUGGGCUUUCAGCAGCAAGUUCAGGGAAUGUUUCUCUUCAUGCCAUGCUGUUGUCACUGAGGAAGUGGAGCCUAUAGCAAGAGGUAAAAUUGAAUUCUCUGGGCAUAGGUUGGAAUUUUCAGGGAAAAAAAUUAACAUGAUUUGGAGAAUCCUUUCCUUUUUUUCAUUAAAUGAUUUGAUUUUUAUAGAGCUGCCAGAGUGCCUCACUGCAUUCAUACUUGCCAUGUGCAACAUUUUCAAGGUUUUUUUUCCUAUGGGUGCCCUUACACUAACUUGUAUAGUCAAGCUACUUCAAUUCUUGUUUCAAACAACAUUGCAAAAUCAUACACUUCUGGUUUAUUACACCCACCAGCAAUGUCUCUUAAUGUAAGAGAGAUUAUUGGGUCCUCAGCUGGCACCCCAAAAGGGGUCUUAGAAGGUUUAAACACAAGUUUUCAGUGAUAAAAUUUGAAAAGCCCUAAACCCAGGUGAGUGGUGCAAGAGCUCUUCCCCACAGCACACCAAACACCCCAACACCAUCCCACUGCUCUGCACUCUGUGAGUCACAGGACAAAACUCACAGCAUCUUUUGCCCUGGAAAUUGUCUGUGGAGGCUCAGAGCCAGUGUAAGGACAGUAAAAUCCUCUCCCCAGUCAUCAUAGACGGUGUUCAGACACCUGUGGCUAAGUGCAGGUGCAUAUUUUGUGCGUGUGCUUGUGUAUGUGAGUACUUGAGUCUCCAAAACUCCCACUCACAGAGGGAAAAAGGUUACACUGGAUUUAGUAAUACCUACAUAAAUUUGGAGUUACUUCAUGGUAUCAUUUGGCUUUGCUGGAGGUGCUUCAGACUUACACCACUGUGACAGCAUAGUUUUUUCUUUAUUUAUAGUAGCUGGUUUACACAAUUUAUCAUGUGAACUGUGAAAUCUGCAAAUAGGUUAUCUUAUGAAACAUAGUGACAGGCAUUGUUAAAAUCCCAUCAGAUACAGGAAAUAUGCUGAAUUGAGUAAGUUGGAGACAGGGUAUAAUUCUGUAGAGCAAUAAAUUUAACUUCUAUUGCCAGGUCAUCUGCUUAGCAUCAGAUAAGAGAAAAUGAAGAAGGCAUUGCAGUUAAGAGUAAGGGGAAAGCACAAAGUUUGGGUUUGCUUAGUUUACUUCACAUGACUCUUUGUACACUGUCGGUGUCAGCAUAUUGUGGGAAGUCACUUUGUCACCUGGCUGAAAUACCAGUACCCUUUCAGAAACCAAGAUGUGUCACAAAACCUAUUUUUCAUCCUAGUCUUUGUCUAAUCAGAGGGAUUUAAUAUUUUUAGAGCACCACUGUGUCAGCCAGUUUACAUCAUAAAAAUGAGUUGCUCAAAAUAUAAAUUCAUUUGAACUGAACUGUGCAAGGUCCACACUGUACAAUGACACACAGAAGGCCAAUAUUUUGUUUUGUAAACUAUUACAUAUGUACAAUUUACCAGUUGUAAUCUUAAAACACUUGACUCUGUGAUUUCAGUAAAAGUAAUAAAUACAAACUGUAUCAUAGGUCCAAAA